AUGGUUUCAAAGCUCUUCACUCUGUUGUCCGCCGCCCCCGUGGCGCUGGGAGCAGCUCUUGCAGCAACCAACACUAAUCUGCAGACCGCAUUCCCUGCCUCGUCAGGUACCACUGCCCUGGCUGCGGUCAAGACCAUCUCCGCAGGCCAGAGCUUCGACGGAGGUCUGAAGCAGUGGGACCGUAGCCCUUCGACAUGCAGUGAACAGGCAGAAGGCGGUGACGCUGAUGCAGUCUUCCUCCUGGAGGACGGAGCCGUGCUGAGCAAUGUCAUCAUUGGACCCAACAAUGGAGAAGGUGUCCACUGCAAGGGCACUUGCACUCUGAACAAUGUCUGGUGGACCGACGUCUGCGAAGACGCAGCAACCUUCAAGCAAUCCUCGGGCACGUCGUACGUCAACGGCGGCGGCGCGCGCGGCGCAGAGGACAAGGUGCUGCAGCACAACGGCGGCGGCACGGUGGCGGUCAAGAACUUCCUGGCCAGCGACAUCGGCAAGCUGUACCGGUCGUGCGGCAACUGCGACACGCAGUACGCGCGCAAGAGCACCUUCUCCAACGUCAAGGUCAGCAGCGGCAAGGUCGUCGCCGGCGUCAACGUCAACUACGGCGACGCCACCACCAUCUCCAACUCGUGCGUCCUCGGCGGCGCCCUCUGCUGGCUGUACACCGGCAACAGCAACGGUGACGAGCCUACCAAGAUUGGCUCCGGCCCCAGCGGCACGGCUUGCGCGACUGCUUCGAUCAAGACCAGUGGGUGCUAG